UCGCGCUCCCGCUCCGGCCUCGCUCGGCCCCGCGCGCCCGGGCCCCGCGCCCCGACCCCGCCGCCGCGCCUGCCGGGGGCCUCAGGCGCCCCCGCCGCCCGCCUCACGCUGAAGUUCCUGGCCGUGCUGCUGGCCGCGGGCAUGCUGGCGUUCCUCGGUGCCGUCAUCUGCAUCAUCGCCAGCGUGCCCCUGGCGGCCAGCCCGGCACGGGCGCUGCCCGGCGGCGCCGACAACGCCUCGGCCGCCUCGGGCGCCGCCGCGUCCCCGGGUCCGCAGCGCAGCCUGAGCGCGCUGCACGGCGCGGGCGGCUCGGCCGGGCCCCCCGCGCUGCCCGGGGCGCCGGCGGCCAGCGCGCACCCGCUGCCGCCCGUGCCCCUCUUCAGCCGCUUCCUGUGCACGCCGCUGGCGGCCGCCUGCCCGUCGGGGACCGAGCAGGGGGACGCGGCGCCCGGCGAGCGCGAGGAGCUGCUGCUGCUGCAGAGCACGGCCGAGCAGCUGCGCCAGACGGCGCUGCAGCAGGAGGCGCGCAUCCGCGCCGACCAGGACACCAUCCGCGACCUCACCCGCAAGCUGGGCCGCUGCGAGAGCGGCCUGCCGCGCGGCCUCCAGGACGCCGGGCCCCGCCGCGACGCCAUGGCCGACGGGCCCUGGGACUCGCCCGCGCUCAUCCUCGAGCUGGAGGACGCCGUGCGCGCCCUCCGGGACCGCAUCGUCCGCAUCGAGCAGGAGCUCCCAGCCCGAGUGAACAUCUCGGCGGCCCCAGGCCCUGCGCCCGCGGCGCCCACCGCCCUGCACUCCAGGAUGGACGAGCUGGAGGGGCAGCUGCUGGCCAAGGUGCUGGCGCUGGAGAAGGAGCGCGCGGCCCUCAGCCACAGCGGGCAGCGGCAGCGGCAGGAGGUGGAGAAGGAGCUGGACGCCCUGCAGGACCGCGUGGCCGAGCUGGAGCACGGAUCCUCGGCCUUCAGCCCCCCUGACGCCUUCAAGAUCAGCAUCCCCAUCCGCAACAACUACAUGUACGGCCGCGUGCGGAAGGCGCUGCCCGAGCUCUAUGCCUUCACCAUCUGCGUGUGGCUGCGGUCCAAGUCGGGCGGCACUGGCCAGGGCACCCCCUUCUCCUACUCAGUGCCUGGGCAGGCCAACGAGAUCGUGCUGCUGGAGUCGGGCCACGACCCCAUGGAGCUGCUGAUCAAUGACAAGGUGGCCCAGCUGCCUCUGAGCCUGAAGGACAACAGCUGGCACCAUAUCUGCAUCGCCUGGACCACGAGGGAUGGCCUGUGGUCUGCCUACCAGGACGGGGAGCUGCGGGGCUCCGGAGAGAACCUGGCUGCCUGGCACCCCAUCAAGCCUCAUGGGAUCCUUAUCCUGGGCCAGGAGCAGGAUACCCUGGGUGGCCGGUUUGAUGCCACCCAGGCCUUCGUGGGUGACAUUGCCCAGUUUAACCUGUGGGACCACGCCCUGACACCUGCCCAGGUCCUGGGCAUUGCCAACUGUACCGGGCCGCUGCUGGGCAACGUCCUCCCCUGGGAAGACAAGCUGGUGGAGGCCUUCGGGGGUGCAACAAAGGCCACCUUCGAUGUCUGCAAGGGGAGGGCCAAGGCAUGAGGGGCCACCUCAUCCAGGGCGCCUCUCUUUGCCUGCCAACUUGGGGACCUUAUGGGGAGCAGGGACAUAUUCCCUCCUCAGCCUACCCACACUCUGGCCUCCCCUCCUGCCCCACUCCUGGCCAUGCCUCCCACUUCCCCCACCCAUUCCCACACCUCCAGAAUGCCCUGCCCUGCAAUGGCUGUUCCCUAAUCCCACUUGGAAGGGGACAAGCAGCUCAAGUCAACAGGGCAAGCCUGGGGUGAGUCCAGGGACUGGCAGGGGGUGGGUAGCAGUGCCCACGGCUCUGUCCACCUGCCUGGCAUUAAACUGGAGCCCUAUCUUACCCCCACCCCACCCUGUCCCAUCAACCACAUCUCAUUCCACUGAUCUUGACAGCGUCCCCCACGGGGUUGUGUAUGGGGGAAGCGCCCACUAUCUCAGUGGCAGGGGUGGCUGUCCACCCCCUGUCUGCCAUGCAACAGGCCUGUCUCCUUCCCCUUCAGGGCCACAACAUGCUGUAGAGCCGCUCCCCAGCUGAGAAGGGGGUGAAGAGACAUAGGAGAUUCAGACUCACUCCUCCUCCAUUGUCCCGCCAGCUGCCGGUCAAGGGCAGUGGGAUCUUGAUGGAGCCUCUCCCCUCUCACCCCCACCCGCACCCACACCCUCCCUCUUCCUCCUCUUUCCUUGUUUUUUUGUGUGCAGUGGUUUGAAUGUUGGUCCCAUGCUUGGCGCAACCCCACCUCAAUUUCCAUGACAUUCCCUUCCCAGCUCCAGCCUGGAGGAUUAGGGACCAAGACCCCCAGAGGCCAAAGGGCCAUAGUCACCCCUGUGCCGACCCACAGCUGUGCCCACUAGCAUGGUCACCUCUCCCCCUCUGUGCCCAGGACAGUACCUGGGCCACUGUAGCCUGGGCUGGGAGCAGCUUGAGGCAGAGGCCCUGUGCCCCAGGGGACCCAGGCUCAGGCAGAGCCACAUUACCCACCCCCUCUGCGUGGUCCUGCAGCCUCUGGGGAAGGAAGGAAGAAGCUGAGAGGGCCGGGAGAAGCCUGGAGUGGUGGGCAGAGCACUGGAUGAGGAGGAGGAGCCCUUGGUUCCUAGCCAGCCCUGCUGUGUGGCCUUCUGUAAGUCCCUGCCCUCUCUGGGCUGGCCUUCCUCAUUUGUGAGCUGAGGCCCUUGCUUUCGUCAUUCCUGAGAGCUCUCCAGAUCAAACGUGAGAUGGUCUGUGAUUCCAAAUGGAUAGGGAGGGGCAAGCCUGAGAACCUGCCUGGUGACUGAGGAGCAGAGCAGGGGCAGGUCCGGGGACUGAGCAGCAGGUAGCAUCUGGCUAGGCGUGGGUCAGGGCCAGCAGCUGGCUCCAGAGAGUCAGGGGCAAGGGCAAAGGUCAAGGCAGACCAACCUCACGCACAGAUUGUAAAAAUCAGCUCUUCUGGAUCCCCUCAGCCUGUCACCUUUGCCUGUCUGAGAGUGUCUCGAAGGCCUGGUGGCUUCCUGGUCCCCACCCUUGAGUCCUCACCAGCUCCCCCAAGAGAGUGGAAGAAUGUUAAAGCUGAGAGAAGCCACCCAGUCUGACCUCUUGCUUGUACAGAUGGGGACGAGCUCAGAGAGGGCAAGUGACUUGCACAGGAUCAUGUAGCACAAUGGGGCAGAGCCAGACCUAGAACCCAGGGCUUCUGACUCCCUCUUCAGUGCUCUUCCCCCCACACCAUACUCGCUGCCUGUGAGGGUCCUUGAGUCCAGCCUACACAUAAAAGGAUGGACAUGUGAGAGGUCAGCAUCCUUUCCCACAUGACCACUGGAACAUCUUCUUUAUGAAACACAAACAUCUGGGCAUCUUCCCCCAGGAGGAGCUGGAAGAGAGGUGUGAUCUCGGGCCCUCUGGCAUGAAUAGAGAGCCGAGAAUGCAGGUGGCCUACCCCGGGUCUGGGCAGCUGCAGGCUACCCAACUCGAGUGGGCACUGGUGCCUUUUGCUCCCUUUUUAGCCUGAGGCAUGAUGCAAGAGCUGCAGGCUGUGGGGCCCAGUGCCACGGAGGCUUGUCUAAGACCUGUUGCCUCUAGCCCCCAGAUGCUUGUUUCCGUUUCAAGAGCACAAAUAGACCGUUCAGCACCUCGGGCCCAACUCCCCCUAGAAGGAGCGAUGGCGUGCUUCAGCCAGAACCUGCGGAGAUGUGGGUUGCCCUGGCAACAGCCAAUGACAUGAGCCCAAGUGCUGGGUCAAGCGUCUCAUAAUGACAUACGCUGUUGCUGGGUGACGGCGGAAUUCGGAACUUAGAUUUCGGGGACACCAGGCUUUAUUGGGUUUCUGUUAUUGUUUUUAAGGAAGCAGCUUCGGUGGAGGCCUUGGGGGAAAGAAAGGGUCUUAGGGAGAAGAGGAUGGAACUUGAUCCCUUGAGCCCACCCAGAGGCAUCUUCCCAAGUCCUUUGUGCUUUGUCAUGGUGGUGAUGAGACCUCUGACGUCCGAGCCUCGCUCCUGUGCUGAGUCACCCUGGUCAGCCCUCCAGAGGGAACAGGGGCAAACUGGAGAUGUUCAGGUGCAGGCUCUGAGCCUGGGCCAUUGGUGAGUGGCCCCAAAGCCCUGAAGGGCCCACCCCUUCAUCCAUUGAUCAUUCUUGGGACCUUUGCCGAACACCUGCUUGUGGACUCCAGCUUUGAUAUCCUCUUCAGCUGCUCGUGGGCACAGCCAAGAAGACAAGGGAAGAGGAGCUAGACAUGGUGCUCGGUUGAGUCCCGAGCUGCUCCUGGCUAAUAAUGAUGCUGGAGCCCCUGUUUGUUGCUUCCUUUGCAAGUGUCAGGCACCAUGCUGAGCACCUCACAGGCACCGUUUCAUUUAUCCUCACAACAGUAAUAAGCUAGGACUGUUCUUAGUCCCAUUAUACAAGUGAGGAAACUGGGGCACAGAAAGGUUAAGUAACCUGCCCAGUGUCAAUCAGCCAGCAAGUGAUGGAGCCCAGAGUUCAAACCAAGGCAGGUUACAUCCACGGCCCACCCCAGAACCCAAGGGGACGGGCGCCUCCACUCCCUGUGGACUGGGAUUUGGGCAUCAUUGCUCCUUGUGGGUUUUGGCCUGAAGGGAUGUGCCUGACCCCAUUCACCACCCCAUGGGGUCUGAGGUAGAGAAACAGGCACGGGAUGGGCUGGCCCCAGGGCCAGGGUCCACUUGGGUGAGGCCGUGGGAGGGGUCCCUCUGCAGUGUACGCACCGCCUCAGCCCUUCUCCAAGUGGCUGGAGUUUCCAGAAGAGCUGAAAGGGAAAAGGAAGCUGGACCGCCUCCUGGGAGCCCCAGGCAGGGAAGGGGAGGAAACUGAUAUUUCUCAAACUCCUGCUUUGAGCCGAGCCCUGUGCCGGGUGCUUCACAGCACUUAUCUGCCAGAUUUCCCCCCUUUGUGCACGUUGUGCCCCAGUCAACGUCCCCAGGGGACAGAUCCCCUCGCCGCAAUUGUGCAUGGCCUACGACCACAGAUUUGGGUGGGAACGGCUCUUAGAGGAGGCAGAGCCCUUGUUUUAUAGAUGAGAGACUGGAGCCCAGGGAGGGUGAGCAGCCCUCAGGGCCACCCUGCUGGGACACAGGAGACCUGAACCCAGCCAUCUGUCUCUGCAUUCAGUGCUCUUUCCAUGACACAGUGGCCCCUCUCCCCCCAGGACAGGGUCCCUCCUUUUCUGGGUUUCCCAGUACCCCACCCCUGAGCAAGCUGGGGAAGGGACCCCCUCCCAGAGAUGGGACCACUCUCUUCACCCUCUUUGUCUCAGCUGCCUGCCAUCCCAAACCCCACCUCCCCCCAACCCCUGACCCUGCUCAGUGGGGAAGGGGCUCGCGUGGGCCCAGGCUGAGCAGUGAGUGAGCAUGUCGAGCUGUCAGAAAGCAGUGUGCCCAACUGGCGACCCACCUCCCGCUCCCCUCCUCCUCGCCCGAUUUUGUACAUAAAGUGACAUGAGAAGCAACACGUGUGUGUGUGUGUGUGUGUGUGUAUGAUAUAUGUCAUGGCUUUUGUUACUUUUUUGUUUUUGUAAAUUUGAAAGUUCAAAAUAAACAUGAUGUUUA